AUGGGCCGUCUAGAAGGAAAGGUUGCUAUUGUUACAGGCGCUGCGUCCGGCUUUGGUCAAGGCAUUGCAGAGCAUUUCGCAGAAGAGGGCGCUAAAGUUCUUCUCUGCGACAUCAACGAAGAAGCGGGUAACAAAGUGGCAGCAAAGUCGGAGUCAUUCGCAUUCCAGACUAUGAACGUCACCAAAGCAGCAGAUUGGCAGAGUGCAAUUGACAAAGCGGUAGAAAUUUGGGGCCAAGUAGAUAUUUUGGUCAACAACGCGGGCACAAGCUACGAGAACAAGAGCACCAAUUUGGUUACAGAGGAGGAGUUUGACAAGGUUAUGAACGUCAACGUCAAGAGCGUCUUUCUCGGCAGUAAUGCAUUCACAGCACAGGUCAAGAGACAGGGCACAAAGGGCUCCAUGAUCAACAUUGCCUCUGUUGGUGCUCAUCGACCAAGACCUGGCCUGGUGUGGUACAAUGCAUCCAAGGGUGCAAUCGCAAAUGCUACCAUGGGACUUGCGGCUGAGUAUGGCCCUGACGGAAUUCGCGUUAAUUCCAUUUGUCCCUUGGCGACAAUGACGGGGUUGCUUCCAAAGUUUAUUGGCAAGGAAAUUACCCCCGAGGUUCAGAAGGCGUUGGGAAAUGUUCCUCUUGGACGUAUGGGGGAGAUUCGAGAUGUGACUAAAGCUGCUGUGUUUCUUGCGAGUGAGGAUGCGUCGUUCAUCACUGGUGUCAAUCUUGAUGUUGACGGUGGUCGUGCCAUUUAG